CGAAACUGCGCGAAACAAAACCAGCACUGCACUGACAAAGCAGCCAGCAGUCCUAACUUGUAAAGCUUUUUGCAGCGAAAGACACGGCGUCCCUAGGAGGGGCAGCGCCGUCGACACCGACGCCGACGCGGGGUUGAGCCGCCACCGCCAGGAUGCGGGGUCUGACGCGGGCGGGAAAGCGCGCCAGUGAGAUGGCCUUCAACGCCGGCGGUGGAACCAUCAACUGGUUCCCCGGCCACAUGGCUGCCGCCUCACGCGCCAUCCGCGACCGCCUCAAGCUUGCCGACCUCGUCAUCGAGGUCCGCGACGCCCGCAUUCCGUUAUCCUCAGCAAACGAAGACCUUCAGCCGGUGCUUGCAGCUAAGAGGCGUAUCCUUGCUCUAAACAAGAAAGAUCUAGCGAAUCCCAAUAUAAUGAAUAUGUGGGUUGAUCAUUUUCAAUCAUGUAAGCAAGAUUGCAUCUCAUUAAAUGCACAUAGCAGCAACUCUAUUAAUCAGCUGCUUGGGCUUGUGGAGUUGAAACUAAGGGAAGCAAUCUUGAAAGAGCCCACACUUCUUGUUAUGGUAGUUGGAGUCCCCAAUGUUGGAAAGUCUGCGCUCAUUAAUUCCAUUCAUAGAAUUGCCAAUUCUAGAUUUCCAGUGAACGAUAAGAUCAAGCGGGCUACAGUUGGACCUCUGCCUGGAGUUACACAAGACAUUGCAGGAUAUAAGAUUGCAAGCCAGCCGAGCAUUUACGUGCUUGAUACACCAGGUGUUCUAGUGCCAAGCAUUCCAGACAUGGAAACAGGUCUAAAGCUUGCUCUGACAGGAGCUGUCAAAGAUUCGGUGGUUGGAGAGGAGCGCAUAGCCAAAUAUUUAUUAUCUCUUCUUAAUAUUAGAAAAACUCCUCUACACUGGGGACGAUUGCUUCACAGAAGAGAAGAAUUUGAUGGAGAGCCAGAUGACAGUUGUGAAAAAGGGUCUAGUGGUUCACUGCGGAGGAGGCGGCGUUUUAACAAUUCCGAUGCCUUGUAUGUUCAGGACUUGGUGAUAGAGGUGCAGAGAACGCUGUGCAGUACAGCCAUGGAAUUCACAGGCAACCUCGAUGAAGAUAACGAGCUGGAAAGUCUAAUUGACUCACAGCUUGUUGCCCUUCGUAAGGUGUUCAGAAUAUCCCACAAACCGCUUGAUGAAUCACAUGGUCCGGCAUCCAAGAAGUUAUUGACUCUUUUCAGAUCAGGGAAACUCGGCCCGUUCAUCCUCGAUGACCUUCCUGACCAGCACUGAAGGGGAAGAUUCACUUGGCUUUGAAUGCCAGAUGAUUGCAACCUUCCAGGAACAACUUUGUUGUGAAGUAAUGCAAUGUGUCACAAUGAUCAGUACUACUCAUAGAUAACUAGAAGCAGACGUGUGCCUUGCUGCGCAGAUUCCCUUGUAGGGUUUUUUCGCUUGCCGCAUAUUUUGUGGUUGCCUAUGUGGAUUGGCUGCUGUUUCUUGUUUUCCCUGUGUUCUUUUCGUCCCCUUUCUCCUGAGAUUUCGGUGGAA